AUGUUCCUUAAAACAUUUCAAGAUUUAAAAGAUAUAAUAGUUACCAAACCCGGUGUUUAUGAUGUUUAUUUGAAAAUAAAUGAACCGGUUUCAGGAGAAAAAGUUCAAAUAUGGGAGUCGCUUAACAACUUAACUUUGCCAAAUGAUUUAAAAGACUUUUAUCUGACUACUAAUGGCAUCGAACUUGGAUGGUACAGUAUUUGUAAUGAAAAAACAUCUGUAGCUGGACUAAUCAAAAUAAAUAAACUAGAGGAUUUCAAAUCCAUAAAAUUAAGUUGCAUAAAUCUUGAUGGAGAGGCAAAAAACGACGAUUUUGAGGUAUUUGUAAACAGUUCCCUGGGCCCUGGAUUCAAUAGAUGGCCGACUAGUUAUGAACUAGAAAAGUGUCUGAAUGGCACCACGGUUAUUUUUGUUUUUAGUGAUAAUCAAGAAGGUGUUUUUAUUUUAAAUAAUGAUUUGAGUAUUCACAAGAUUUGCUGCACGUUUCGGCAGUACAUCAGAUUGGCGGUUGUACAUUUAGGCUUACAAGAUUGGCAACUUUGGUACACUGACGAUGAUCCGAUUCCAAGUAGCCAACAAUUAUGUUCUUUAUACACACCUGAACGUUUGUUUCUGAAUACACGCGAAUCUCACGAACAAUUUUCAGCGAACUUAGAAGAAUGGGUUCCUGUUUCCCUUAACUCCAGGAAACUACUGAACUUUGAAUUUUCUAGUAGGAUGAAUCGUUCUAAUUCUUUUGGAAAAACUACCGUUCAUUCGGAUAUGUCGAACAAACACGGAAGUUCUACUGACUUAUGGGAUUCAAGAUCAAAUGUUAUUGUGAAUACUGGUAGAAGGUCAAAAAAAUGA